CGGGGCGUGCGGAGGGGGUGUCAAAGGAGCGAAAUGAGGCAAUCGGAUCAAGGUCGGCGCCGGCAGUAUUAGCUUGCUUCACUCCUCCCCUUCGUGAAGCCUCGCUCUCCAGCCAGUUUCGCCUUAUCGAUUGGCAGCGUUGGGUGGCGCGAGCCGUCCGCAGUUCCUCAGAGGGGUCUCGCGAGGCGCAGUCGCGCCCCCUCCCUUUAUAUCCAGGGCGAUGUCAGUUCCGUCAGUUAAGAAGCAGAAGAUGGAGUCGGCGCUGGAGCACCUCAAGCAGCACACCACGGUGGUGGCCGACACCGGGGACUUCCAUGCCAUUGAGGAAUACCAGCCUUUGGAUGCUACUACCAAUCCUUCCCUGAUACUGGCUGCUGCCCAGAUGCCAUCUUACCAGCAGUUAGUGAAAGAUGCUAUUGCUCAUGGAAAGGAACUUGGUGGGUCAGAAGACAAUCAAGUGACAAAUGCUUGUGAAAAGCUUUUUGUAUUGUUUGGUGCAGAAAUUCUGAAGAGGAUAAAAGGCCGUGUGUCCACAGAGGUAGAUGCAAGGUUGUCUUUUGACAAGGAAGGCAUGGUUAAGAAGGCGAGACACUUCAUAGAUCUUUAUAAGGAAGCAGGAAUUAGUAAAGACCGUAUCCUCAUCAAGCUGUCUUCAACAUGGGAGGGGAUCCAGGCUGGCAAGAUUCUUGAAGAACAACACGGGAUCCAUUGCAACAUGACAUUACUGUUUUCCUUUGCUCAGGCUGUUGCCUGUGCGGAGGCAGGCGUGACACUCAUUUCCCCAUUUGUUGGGCGUAUCCUGGAUUGGCAUGUUGCAAAUACAGACAAAAAGGUUUAUGAACCAUCAGAGGAUCCAGGAGUGAAAAGUGUCACUAAAAUCUACAAUUACUAUAAAAAGUUUGGCUACAAAACUAUUGUGAUGGGAGCAUCAUUUCGAAACACUGGGGAAAUCAAAGCUCUGACUGGCUGUGACUAUCUAACCAUUUCUCCCAAGCUUCUGGGAGAACUCAGCAAAGAUACCAGUAAGCUAACGCCAAUGCUCAGUGUCAAAGAAGCUCAGGCAAGUAGCUUGGAGAAGAUUCAUCUAGAUGAGAAGACAUUCCGUUGGCUUCACAAUGAAGACCAAAUGGCUGUGGAGAAAUUGUCUGAUGGAAUCAGAAAGUUUGCUGCUGAUGCCAUUAAAUUGGAACAGAUGAUAAAGGAACGAAUGUUCAAUGCUGCAAAUGGAAAGUAGACGAACCAAAGUUCUUGGACAUGGAAUGGUAGUACAGAUGCCCAAAUGUUGCGUAUGAAUGGAUUUUCUGUUUUCCAAGCUUUUUAUGUAGAUUUGUAAACAGAAGGUUUUCAAUGUUUGUGAAUUUUAUAUAUCAAAAAUCCAUUCCUUGGAAGUGACACAUUUCUUUUUCUCCGAGGAUUAUAAACUGCAAAUGUUUUAUCUUCUCCAAAAUAUGAAAUUGAAAAUAUCUGA